AUGACCACCACAAGACAACAGGCCCACCGCCCUCGCUGGCACGGCCGCUACUCAGGCUACUCCCGAGGCGCCCGUCCAGCCCGAACCGCGCCGCCGCUUCUCGUCUUACCGACGAGGCGCCGGCCCGGAGCCCUUACAAGACUCCCUCUAAAAGAGGGAAACCCCCAGAACGCGACUCAGAAAAGAGGGUCGAACCCACCUCCUCCCUGCCCGUCAGCCGCUACCCGGAAUAAGUCCAGGACGCCUGACGGGCUCCUCACUGUGCAGGGUAACAAAGGGCCACCGCCUGCGGACGUGACAACUUGUCCCCCGGCUGGUACACCUGCUUUGAUAUUUUAUGAUACAGAAACUAUCGCAGCGUCGAACACAGAGGAUACCUCGCCUCAGUUGGUGGAGAAUGGUUUACGUAUGUUAUUACAAUUGAUAACAAGUUGGAAAAACGGUGAGCCGUCUUCUAAUACUAUUACGGGAGCAGGGGUCAAGCAGGAAGCUUUGGCAGCCGUGGUGCGCGGCGCUGAAGCCCUAGGGCUCGUUAUGUUGUGUCAAUGCAAACCAUACCCACGACGACUCGCCGUACACGUGUUAAGAGAGACUAAGUGCUUGCUAGAGAAGUUGCAGUUGACAGGCGACGAACCAGCAUUGAUAGACGCAGCGGACGAGCAUGUACCACAGUUAGCAGAACGAUGUCUGCCUCUAUUGCCGCCCGCUGAGAAACAGGCCGUGCUCGCUGUCUCACAGCCCGAUCUAGUCUGGGUAGCAGAAAGGAGUCACGCCGUUUGGACAGCCAGUACUCAGCAUGAUGAAACUUCUACCAAAAAUAGUUGGAGUGGCAGCGCAUCCAAUGGUGCUGACCCAUGGAAGGUGAUAUUGUUCGGUUUACUCGAGCGUUCUCGUGUACCGGCUCGCUGCCCUUCCACUAUACUGCAGGCGUGGCCAAUACUCCACGCGAGGAUACAUGCACUGUUCACCAUAAUAGAGCCCGCGCCGGUGAACGACAAUCGCGCGUCUCUAUUAUCUCGAGGACCAACGCUGCCUAGAAAGCCAGAGAAAGAAAGAGAUGGAUAUAUGCAGGUGUGGAAAUACUACAUGACAAUGGCUUAUCUUGUUGUACCAGCGGUACCGAGUCCCGUAAUAAGAUGUGCGAGUCCAGAUCUCAGUUUAAGUGGCACAGAGCAGGAGGGCUGGCUGGGGGGCGGCGCCCUGGGUUCGUCGAGCGAGAGCCUCAACGCGGGCGGGUUCUUCACGCUGCCCCUGAGCUAUGCGCGCGCGCACAGGCACAAACGUACAAGGUGGAUAACGCCCAACAUGCACGACGACUACGACGCAUCUAUUUGGGCGUUAAGCUCCUCAUCACCUGACUCACUGAGUGAGCGCAGUGGGGGUGAAGCACGAGGGGCUGCGGCAUCGCCUAGCUCCCUGCAUAAGCUGGCAGUGCCAUUGGCGCGAUGUGAAGUACCGGAAGUCCGGGAUGCUGCAAUUGCCGCUUGCGGUAAUAUCAAUCCGGAUGCUCUCAAGGACUUAAUGGAAGAAUUGGUGCCGUUAUUAAGAGAAGCAGUGGAUCGUAAACAGGAGAACAUGCGCCGACGCCGGCGACGUGAUGCUCUACGGCUCAAUCUUAACAAGAUGCUUCUCCUGAUCGCGCAGAAAAAGACGUUUGCUACUAGCCCUUUUGCUUUAGAAGGUGGCAGCUUACACCCCUCGUUGACUGAGUACUUAGACGGAGUGAGGCAAAGCCUGGAAGUCGAGGCGGAGAAGGACGCUCCAGCUGCUCGUGAACAACGGCUCACUAACUUAAUACAGGAACUCUUCUGGUAUGGAAAAAAAAACUAA